AUGCCUCGCUCUUUAAAGCCUCUGCAUCUCACAUUUGAGCCAGACUUUCAGGCCCCGCAUGAAAUACAAGACCUGGCAGUAGCAUGUGUUCUCACAGCUGAGGAGGAAGAGGAGGAAGACGAGACUACUUCGGUUUCCUCUUGCUCUUUCACCUUCUCCUACCCCUCCACCUCCUUCUCCCCGCCUUCCUCUCCUGUGAUCUCAGCCUCUUCAGAGGAGGAAGAAAACCCUGCUGCAACACUGAGUCCUCCUCAGAGUCCUCAGAGCUCCUGCUCCUUCUCUGCAUCAUGCAGCACAUCAAAUGGAGUCUGCAACAGCCGAGAGCAGGGUUCAAGUUCCCCACAGACCUCAAAAGAUGCUGAAUAUUCUCCCAGAGAUCCGCUAGAUGAGUCAGUGGCUGAUUUGGUGCAUUAUUUGAUCCUCAAGUAUCGAUUGAAGGAGUCCGUCACAGAGGCAGAAAUGGUGAGGGUUGUCGCCAAAAGGUACAAGACACAAUUCUCUGUGAUCUUUAGGAAAGCUACCAAGUGCUUGGAGGUAAUCUCUGGCAUUGAUCUGAAGGAACUGAACCCCACCACCCACUCCUAUAUCCUUGUCAAUUCACUAGAUUUCAGUCAUGAGGAGAUGUUUAGCGACAACCAGAGUAUGCCUAAAAACGGUCUCCUGAUAAUCAUCCUGGGUGUGAUCUUCAUGGAGGGCAAUUGUGCCCUUGAGGAAGACAUCUGGGAUUUUCUGAAUAUAAUGGGAGUGUAUGCUGGGAGGGAGCAUUUCCUUUAUGGGGAGCCCAGGAAGCUCAUCACCAGAGAUUGGGUGCAGGAAAAUUACCUGGAGUAUCGGCAGAUGCCUAACAGGAAUCCUCCAUGCUAUGAAUUCCUGUGGGGUCCCAGGGCUCAUGCUGAAACCAGUAAGAUUAAAGUUCUAGAGUUUUUGGCUAAGAUCAAAGGGAUUGACUCCAUUUCCUUCUCACACUGGUAUGCGAAGGCUUUAAAAGAUGAGAAAGAGAAGGCCCAGGACGGAGUUGGUUCUGUGAAUAAUACUUCCGCCGUAAACAUUGCAUAG